CAGGCUUUAGAUUAUUUGAAGCAAAAAGAAUUUAAAAGAGCAUUAUCAUCAAAUGAAGUUAUCACCCUGAGGGAUCUUCUGCUGAACAGCUAUGUUAAGCCUGUUGGGCUCAACAUGAUUGAAGAGAUUAAGACAGGCAAGAAAGUAUACUACAAAUGCAUUCUGUGUGGUGCUCACUCUGAUGUUGAUUCUAUGUAUAACCAUGUGAUUGGUGCAAAGCAUACUGAGAGGUACAUUGAUAUGAGGAUGGAAAAGAGGAAUAUCCCAUUCAUGACAACAAAGAUGCGAGAAGAAUACAGAGAUCUGAUCAUCAAGGAGGAAGGACUUUGUAUAGAUGAUAUAAAGACAAUAACAGGAGAGAAGUACAACCCUUUUUUGUGGGAGAGAAAAAGGACCAAAUGCAGGACAUUAUCUUGUAGUUCUACACCUAUGUCAAGUAUGACCAACCUCACUUUCUCGUGUUCUUCAUUAUAUGAUUGGGCUAGCCACACUCUUUUCACCACUGCACAAUCACGCGCAUGCUAA